AUGUUUGAUGAAUAUAACUCUUCUGAUGAAGAGCAAGAUAAUAAUGAUGAUGAUAAUAUUAAAAAGCAGAAUAUUUCAACUACUAUUGGAAACAAACCAAAGAUCAAUAACAACAAUGAAAAUAAGAGAACUGUGACAACAUUAUAUAAAGAUACAUCGACAGAUUAUUACAAUGAAAAUCAAAGAAAGAAACAACAACAAUCACAUUUACAAUCACAAUCACAAUCAUCAUUUGCAAGUUAUCUACCAGAACCAACAGCAAAACAAGAACAAUUAAAAGAACUUCAAUCAAAACAUAAAGAUUUAUUAAAGACUACAACUACAACGACGACGAAUAAGAAGAAUGAUAAUGCAUCUACAUCUACAUCUACUACUACGACUACAACAUUUUUAACAACAAAUGAACAAAAGAUUAUAAAUAAUCCACUCAUUCCAACUGCAUUGAGAAAGAAUUUAAUGGCAAAGAAAAAGGCUUCUAUACCAACAACGACAACAACAAAAAUCAAUCAAUCAAAGAUUGAAACUAAAAAAGAAGAAAAAGAACAAAUACAAGAAGAAAUUGAUCCAUUCUUUUCAUUUGAUGAACCAAAACCUGAUCUACCAACAACUACUGUAAAUAAUGUACAACAAGAAAUUCAAGAAGAUGAAGAAGAAGAAAAUCAACAACAACAACAAUAUCCAUCACAAUGGAGUGAAGAACAAGAAAUGGAAUAUUGGACACAACAAGAAAAAUUACAACAAUCUCAACAACCUUUUAUUAAAGGUGAAACCGAAAAUACAUAUCUUCAAAAUUUACUUAUAAAACAAAAAGGAAUAAUAGAAAUUAAUCAAUCAAGUUUAUUGAGUCAAGAUAAACAAAGAAUUGAAAUAUUGAGAGAAAAGGAAAUGGAAAUUGCAAACAAGGGAAUUGGAAGAUCAACUAGUAAAGUAACAGCAAAUCAAAGAGCCAAACAUCAAUGGACAUCUCUUAUUGCCGAUUUCCAUACCAAACAAGAUUCAAAUGCUAAAAAAUUGAUUGAACAACAAUAUCAAAGACAUAAUAUAAAGAAAAAAACGGAUAGACAACAACACCAUCAACAACCACCACAACAUCUUCAACCUCAAUUAAAGAGGGCCUCCAUCAUGAUUGACAACAACAAUAAUAAUGGCAAAGAAGAAGAGGAAGAAGAUGAAGAGGAAUUACUACGUAAUUUGAAUUUUAAACCUCCAGAUCGUUCAACAUCUGCUCCGCCCAUCAUGGGUAUGACCCUUAAUAGCAAUAGUUUGUUUGCGUUUAGAGCGACCGAUCAAUUGUUUAACGAUAUCAGAUGUGAUGAAAACUAUUUGGAAUUCUAUCAAAAACAUCAAAAUCAAAGUAAACUUCCUCCUCCUCUUGAAAAUCAACCUUCCUUUUAUAAUUUUCCUGAUAAUAUUGGUGAUGAAAUGUUUAAUGAGGCAUAUUUUAGACAAAACAUUUUGGGUAUGAUUCAUCAACAACAACAACAAUUACUUCAAUUACAAAGACAAGCUGAACAACAUCAACAACAACAAUUCUAUCAACAUAGACCUGGAAGUCAAGUUGGAAAUCAAGUUGGAGGUCAAGUUGGUCAAGUAGUUCCAGUUCAACAAGUUCAAGUUCAAGUUCCAGUUCAACAACAACAACAUCAUCAUCAACAACAACAACAACAAAAUAACUAUCAUCACCAACAACAACAAUCACACGGUCAUCAUAAUAAUCAUCAUCAUCAUCAACAACAACAACAAUCACAUGGUCAUCAUAAUACUCAUCAACAACAACAACAAUUCUAUCAACCACAACCACAAAAGAAUCAACAACAACAACAACAACAUCAUAUGAUGAAUGGACAAGGACAAUUUCAAAAUAAUAAUAACAAAUAUUUUGAUUCUAGACAAUCAUCAUCUGAUCAUGGUACCAAUUGGACAUCACCACCACCACCAGGAUUAGGACCAUUACAAAGAAAGAUUCAACAAUUAUCAGUCAAUGAUAAUCCAGAAGGUGAAGGUACCACUCCACGUGAAUUGAUUAAAUCAUCUUUUGAAGUUGCCUAUUCAACUGUUAAUCAAUUAAUUGAUGAUAAUCAAAACGGCAAUAAUAAUAGUGGUAAUAAUAAUGGAGGAUUACCAAGAAGUAUUUCAAAUAGUUCACUUCAUUCAAAUACUUGGAAGGAUAAAAUGUUUGAACCACAACCACGUGGUGUUCCAGUUCAACAACAACAACAACAACCAUUGCAACAACAACAACAACAACAUAUUGGUAAACCAACAGGAAUUCAUGCUCCAACACCGAUUGCUCCAGCAACCAAAAAUUUGAUUGGUGGUGAUAUUGAAUCAUCAUUUGAAAGAUAUUAUAAUAUGGAAGAUAAAAAGUCUACAACAAAUCAAACAACUCCAUCUAGAACUCCAACUCCACCAAAUGAUUUAAACAACAACACUUCACCAUCUCAAGUUUGCAGAUAUUUUACUCAAGGUUAUUGUAGUAGAGGUAGUAAAUGUAAUUUUGUUCAUGAUGAAAAGGAUGAAAGUAAUCAAAAUCAAAAUCAAAAUCAAAAUCAAAAUCAAAAUCAAAAUCAAAAUCAAAAUCAAAGUAAUAAUAAUAAUAAUGCUCCAACUCUAAUUAUUCAACAACAACCAAUACAACAACAACAACAACAACAACCAUUACAACAACAAAAGAAUAAUAAAAAUAAUCAACCUCUUCAACAACAAAAUAAUCAAAAUAAUCAAAAUAAUCAAAAUAAUCAAAAUAACAAAAAGAAUUCAAGAAAGAGUUUACCAAUAUUAUCAUCAACAGAAAUGAAUCAAUCAAACCAACCAGAAAAACCAAAACAAUUAAAUAAUAAUAAUAAUAAAAAUAAUAAUCAAAAUAAUAAUAAGAAUAAUAAUAAUAAUAAUCAAAAUAAUAAUCAAAAUAAUAAUCAAAAUACUUCAUCAUCUUCAUCAUCAUCACAAAAUAUAACAUUGGCAGGUAUAAAUUUAAAUUUAAAUUUAAAUUCAAGUUCAAAUAUACCAAUACCAACUGGAACAGCAAAUUUGGAUAUAACAGGAAAGAUUGAAAUGAUUGCCAACAAACAAUAUACAUCGAUUGAUCAAAUUUCAAGUUCAAUCUAUCCAUUGUGUCGUGAUCAACAUGGUUGUAGAUUCCUUCAAAAGAAAUUGGAAGAGGGUGAUGAACCAUUGACUGAACUCAUUUUCAAAGAGGUUUGCGAAUACAUGUUGGAGUUGAUGACCGAUCCAUUUGGUAAUUAUCUUUGUCAAAAACUAUUGGAACAUUGUAAUGAUCGUCAACGUCUUGUGAUUAUUGACAAGGUUGGACCAGAUAUUGUACGCAUCUCGAUGAAUAUGCAUGGUACUAGAGCCGUUCAAAAGAUGAUUGAAUUCCUUACCACGCCCGAACAAAUUGCUCUCAUUAAAAAGUCACUCGCUCAACAUGUCGUCCCACUCAUUCAAGAUCUCAAUGGUAACCACGUCAUUCAAAAAUGUCUAAACAAGUUGGCACCACCCGACAAUCAAUUCAUCUAUGAUUCUGUUUCGUCGUCGGCCAAUUGUAUUGCCGUCGCUACUCAUCGUCACGGUUGUUGUGUCCUUCAACGUUGCAUUGAUCACGCUUCAGAGACUCAAAAGGUUCAACUCAUUCAAGAGGUUAUUGCCAAUUCCUUGGUACUCGUUCAAGAUCCAUUUGGUAAUUAUGUUGUUCAGUAUGUUCUCGACCUUCCAUUCCCAGGUUUGACUUGUGAGAUGGCCAAGAGAUUUGUUGGACAUGUUUCCAUUCUCGCCACUCAAAAGUUUUCGUCCAAUGUAGUGGAAAAGUGUUUGCACGUUGCAGACCCCAUCACGCGAGGCAACCUCAUCCAGGAACUCAUCGAUUGUGACACCUUGUUGCAUCUUUUACAGGAUCCAUUUGCCAACUAUGUCAUUCAAACCUCUCUUACCAUUGCAGAACCACACCAACACACCAAGUUGGUCGAGGCUAUCAAACCUCAUUUGGCUCAACUCAAAAAUACUCCCUAUGGUAAACGUAUUCAAAACAAAAUCAUUAAAGAAGGUAGAGAAUAUUUUUAA